UUGGGAUACGGACAAUGGUCAACUAUGAACUUUCGGCCUUCUCUCAGCGAUGUGUUGGCCUUUAAUUCGACAAUCUGCUUGAAUUUGUCAACUAAUCGCUACCUUCACCCGUAAGCUCAAAGCUCCCUCCGCCCUCCCUCGAGGGUUCCAUUUCGAUUUUCGAUCCCUUUCAGAAAAAUCUUGUAAACCCCUUUCGAUUCCACCUCCCCUGUUUUCACACCUCCACUUUCAUAAGCUGAAUUUUUGAACAAACAGACCGAGCUCUUCGAUUGUAUCGAAGCUCAAACAAUGGCGGAUUUCAACUCCAAAUCAUACCCAGAUGGAAGAAUGCAGAUUCAAACCUACCAUGGAAACGAAUCAAGAACAACCAAUGGUUCUGGUGUGAUGGGUAUGCAAGAUUUUCGUUGUUACAGUGCUUCCUAUGCUUCUUCUGCAAACCCAAAUCAAACCCAGAUGGGUAACGAUUUGAAGCUCAAGAAAGGGAAAUCUACGAACGGAUUUUCAUCCAAGAGCUGGAGUUUCAACGAUCCGGAGAUGCAGAGAAAAAGAAGAGUUGCUAGCUACAAAGUUUAUACUGUGGAAGGCAAAGUCAAAGGGUCUAUAAGAAAAAGCUUCCGAUGGCUCAAAGAAAGAUGCUCUCGAGUUGUCUAUGGAUGGUAGUGAAGCCAGCGCCUUAAAUUGGUACAAGAUUUUUCUUCCACUCUUUGUUUGAUUGAUUAGCCUGUAGUUCUGAAAUCCAAGAAUCUGGUUCUUGAUGUUAUGAAUGAUUUUGAAUCUCUUUGAAUGUGUAACUACUGUUGGAAGUAUAGAAUUCUUCUUUCCCUUACUUUUCCAAUGGAUUGGGGAUGAUGGUUUUAUGAGUAGAUAUGGAUUGAUUGUGUUCUUGUA